GGUUUGGCCACGAGCCUUAUUUUCGGCGUUCAUCAUCCUCUUGAGUUUCUUGUACGCUUUUUGUCUGUUCGCCUUGUUUUUUCUCUCUCUCUCUUCAACUGCCGUUACGACUUAAAGCUAAUCAAAGUUGAAGACCAAGGAAAUCCAAGGUUUUCUUCUACCAUCAUGACAAGCUCUCCAACGCCAGACAUCGCCUCUUUAUCUCUAAACCCUCAAUCUCAACGCCUCCAUGACACUUACGAUUAUGACCAGAGCGCGAGGCAGCAGUAUCAGUUCAACCAGCAACUUUCACCUCAGUAUAAUCCUCUAGGCGGUAUGAAUCCAUCUCCUCUCAAGAUGAAGCCCAUCCGUGCUGCUCUUCCCACCCAAUGGCUUGAUAACUCAAUGGUCAUCCCUGAUAAUCGCUCUCUAUCCCCUCACAACAAUUCAGAUUUCUCUUCUUCCGGUAGUUCCCCCCCUUUAGGUCAUCUACAAGCUUCUUCUCUUGCUCCUUCGACGCCUAACCAAAAUCCUGACGAUGAGGUUAUACCAACCGCCAUCGUCGUCAAGAACAUUCCUUUCAACGUCAAGCGCGAGACUCUCCUUGAUAUCAUCGCUUCUUUGUCUAUCCCUACCCCCUACGCGUUUAACUAUCACCUGGAUCAACAGGGCUCUUUCCGUGGUCUCGCAUUUGCUAAUUUUCGUCAAGCGGCAGACGCUGACGCAGUCGUGGCUGCUUUGAAUGGAUUCGAUGUCCAAGGCCGUAAGCUUCGUGUCGAGUACAAGAAAGUUCUUCAAGCCGGAGAAAAAGAGCGUAUCGAAAGAGAAAAGGCUAUCAGGCGGAUGCGCUCCAUGCAACUCGAAAAGGAGCAACAACAGGCAGUUCACCAGUCAUAUGAUGACUUUGGUCCCGUCACAGCCCCCGCUUUCACCCCGCAGCGAUCCUUCUCUUCUGGUGCCUAUCAACAGCAACAGUACUCACCUCCGCCUAUGCCUCAACUUCCAAUCUCUCAGCCAUUUAACCCCGCAGCAUCCCCUCCCAUUGCCCCCGCGACACCAAAUCCAUCCGAGAAGUCUUCGUCCUCCAAUGAACUGGAUCUCAAUGAUCCUUCUACUUUGGAAAUCUAUUCUCGCAUUUUACUUUUCAAGGACGACAGAAUGAGGGACGAGCUCGCUUUCUCGAGGACACUCUCACCCAAACAAAGGAGGGUGGUUCACUUGAUUGCACAGAAGUUGGGCGUGUAUCACUAUUCGGUUGGAGAAGGCGAUGAAAGGUACGCCGUCGUAACUCGAAUCGAUCCUAACAGGACUCAACGAGCUCAGGCCGCGACCCUGUCGCGCGCCCCAUCUGCAUAUCUCUCUGCAUCUUCCUCACAAACGCUUGCAAACUCUUUACGCAUGAAGAAGUCGAUGCCUGAUAUGAAAACCUUGCACACUCAAGCACCCCGCCUGACAACUCGUGCGUCGAAUGGCAAUAUUAGGGAAGGUUACGCAACGAUUGCUUCUCCUUCUCGUCGUUCUCCGGGUGGUUUCGGUUCGCUCUUUAGCAGCAACUUUGGUAGUUCUGCCAUCCCGCCUGUUCCCAGCCUGCCAUCCAGCGUCACUGGAAUGAAUGGUGGUAGUUUGAAUGAGGGUAGUAGUGUUGUCAGACAACCACGAGGCCCCGGCGCAGGCGGCUUUGGUCUGCGUCGCGGAACAAACAGUGAUCAAGCACGUGGCAAUGGACUAGAAGCCAGAUCUCACGAGCCGCUGGAAAUAUAGAACCCGCCACACACCCUCAGGCCUUUCUCCUCAUUUACGCUUUUGAGAGUCCCACAAUCAGGGUUGGAUGGUGCUCGUAUUGAUUGUUCCCGCGUAGCUUGAUUGCUUGCUGGUUCCUUUCGCUGUUAUGGUUUUCUGGUUCUGAUUUUUUGUAUACCGCACCAUCAACACAAUUAAACGUCUCCUCCAUCUCUCAAAAGUCGACCUUCCCUACUCGUAAUUUCCUUGUACUUUCGUUGUCUGGAUCGCUCUCUUACACCUUUGCUUUCCUUUCUCUGGAUUCUCUUGCUUCAACCAUUUUAUACAUAUCAUAGGCCUGCUUGAAUAUGUAAAUAUAUGCUGCUUGAUGCACCAUAGGUCUUGCUUUCGCCGGGACGGUGCUUCGCGUUGGGGCGCUUUAUAUUCAUGUAUUUUUUAAGGCUUUUACCAAACAAACUUGAAG